UCGGGUUUCUCCAUCCAAUCGCCAUCCUGCGUUGGGAUCGUCCGAUGUCAAUUGUGCCAUGACAAUCGAUGCCGCCGUCAUCGAACAAUUCGGCCCGCCGCCGCCCGGCAUCGACCUCUCAGAGGUGCAGAUGCCGGGAACGGAUCUUGGGGUCAUUGUCUUGGUUGCGGUCGCGACUCUCUCCGUGCUGCUCCGGCUUGGCUCACGACUCGUUCAGGAAGCAGGGCUGAGGGCCGACGAUUACUUGAUCAUCGCCGCCCUGGUAUUUUCGAUUGGAACAUGUGUUCUGACCAUUGAGAUGGGCACUAAAGGUGCUGGAAGACAUAUCUGGGCACUGACGGUGAAAGAUGUGGUAGACACAUCAGUGUAUCUGUUCGCAAUCGGCGUUGUUUACACUAUGGCCGCCAUGACCAUCAAGUUGUCCAUCAUACUGCUCUACAUACGGGUCUUUUCGACGGCGCAUACUAUCUUCCGCCAUUGUAUCCACGGCGCCCUCCUCAUGACCAUGGCUUUAGGUGCAACCUUCACGGUUGUCAUCACAUCAUCCUGCCGGCCACUACAGUACUUUUGGACGAGAUACGAUGGAGUUUCCGAGGGAACCUGUAUUGAUUUGGGUAGCUUCUUUGCGGCCUUCUCGGUUAUGAACGUCUCCCUUGACGUAUUCUUGCUGGUGUUACCUAUCCCGAUGGUGCUGAAGCUACAAAUGUCGGCGCGGAAGAAAACGAUCGUCUGUGCACUCAUGUUGCUUGGGAUCUUUGCCUGUGCUGCCGGCAUGGUCCGCAUCUACUACGUGGUGUUGUUUGCUUUUGCGCACGACCACACGUGGGCCAUGGGCCCAGUCGGACUCUGGCUGUCGGUGGAACCCGCCAUCGGAGUUGUAUCGACCUGCAUGGCCAAUGUCAUGCCACUGUACUAUUGGCUGAUGGAGAAGGCGAGUCCGGGCGACCGCGCGGGGAGGACGAACAGGCCGCGAUCGAGCGACUACCGGGGCCUUGAAAGGUCGCGCCUGCACACGAUGAUCGAGGGGAAGCUGGUGCUGAGGCCGAGGGAGGACGACGAGAUUCGCUUGACCACGCUGGCGACGGCCGGAAGGCAUGAGUCUGAGGAGGGAGGCUGUCCGAACCACGAGAGGGGCAUCGUGGUCACUUCGGAUGUCACUGUCACGGUCAGUGAAGGCCCUGACAAGCGAUCGUCUCCAUAA